AUCAUGAUCACGCGCGGAUAAAUCAAAAUAGAAAAUUCAACAAUAUAAACAUUGAAACAACUUUAUUAGAGCAUUAUAAACAAUUAGAAAACCUUAUGCCAAGUUAUAUGUUUACAAUGAUGUAUUUUAUUUAAUGAAUAGUAGAGAAGUUUGAAUAUGUCAAAAACUCCAAGAACUCUUCUUGAGAAUUAUUUGGAUGCUUCCAAAACUCAGACUGUUAAAGUGAGAAGAAAUCAACAUGUUGGUCUUGUAAGAACUCCACCUGAAGCAUAUUCAGAUCAGAGAUUGGUAAGACCUCGUGUAUCCAGAACUCCCGAACCAUACACACACUCACUGUUGAUGAGUCAUGAACAGCAUGAUAGGAUGCAGAAAUACAUGUCCAAAACUCCUGAGCCGUACAUGCGUUCGGCAAGCAAGAGUCGACCGCAGCAUGACAGGGUAUCUACACUGCGCAGUAAGAGGAGAUCUGUUUCAAACAAUGAUGUGGAAGAAACACCAAGACAGCUGCUUCAAGGAUUUUUAGAAAGUGAAGACACAACAGCACCCCUUGUGAGGUAUGCCAGUAGAACAUCUCAAGGCAGAUUGUCAUCUUCCCAGCCAGCUUUACCCGUUAACAGUGGAAGGUCUUCCCUGUCCAGACCAGGCAACUGGGCCUUUGAUCUAGACUCGGACACUCCAAGAACAUUGCUCCAGAAAUAUGUACUUAAUACUACAGAUGUGAUUGAUACGCCUGGACCUAGAGAAGGCUUGCCGGAGCAGCAUUCCCCUGAUAUACCAAUACAACAUGAUACUUACCACACUCCCAGCCCGUUUAGAACAAGCUCAUCUGGUUCACAGGUGGUCCCAUCUCCUAGGAGUGCCAGAGGAAAAACUCCAAGAUCUGCUAGAAGAAAAGAGAAAUUCCAGAUGAGUAUGAUGGACAGUGUGAACCAGGAAGUAGAUGAGAGCAUCAUUCCUCCAACAAAUCCUGCUGAUUAUCAAGUACCCAGUCCAUUUCGUUCCUCCUCCUCUGAUGAAGAGAGUUUUGUACCAGAGACACAACCGAGUAUGCAUAGAACACUACAUCACAAAGGUCAAUUUGAAAUCUCCAUUCCGGAGGCAGUGAGAGAAGAAAUUUCGCAGUACCGGCUGUCACAGAAACUUACUGGAGAGAAAGUUAAUGAAACUCGGAGCACUGAAAGUCGCUAUGGGGGUUCUAGAGUCAGUGAUAGUGAAAAUGAUACGGAUUAUGAUGAUGAAGAGGGAACCAAACCAUUGCCACCAUCACAAACACUGCCAGGUACCAGCUUGUUGCCAGACUGGGAAGAAUACACCAUGCCACUGAAAGGUAAUGAGAUGGAUAAAAGUCCCGUGAUUUCAGACAAAAGUUACCAUAACUCAAGCCUUCAGGAAGGGCAAACUAUACAGCAAGAUGGGAGGUACCAAGAUCAUAGAAGAAUGGGGAGAUGGAGUGAAGGACAUCAUAGCAGACUACAGUCACCAGGGGGCGCUAACAGAAGGUCAUCUGAAAGUCAAAGAAGAUCAAUGCCCAGUCAAAUGACUCUUGAUAAGUACUUUUCACCUCGGCAAAAUCUGGGACAUUACGAAGUAGAUCAGUUACAAGGGCAUCACGAUGAAAGUGAAUACUCUGCAGCAGAUGGUAUCAAAAGUGAAAGUCGUAGUCAACUUAGGCAGCAUAAGCUGACCUCAGAAAUGAUCGCUACAUUGUCAAGUGGACAGAUUGACAAGUUAGUCGAUGAACUUUCGCCUGCUAGAAAGGGGUCUUAUAAUGAAGAUGUAGAUGAGUUGUACACUGCUCAGAAGUUAGAAAUUUCACAAAGAGAAAAGCUCCACCAACACAGCUUACCAAACAUCUCAGGUAACUUCUCACCCAGGAUAACAUCAACACAGAGAAAUGCAACAAUGAAUACACAUGUAGAUGAUAAUGACAUUCUCCCUGCGGUCACACCGUCUCCAAUUGUUUCACCUAGAAAUAGUCCAAGAAGUGUGACACCAUCCAGUUCAACAAGGACGUCUAGUUCUAGAGUUUUAAUGCCUUCAAAUAGAGAUAACCAGUCUACAUCUGUAUCUCCUGCAAGCAGUAUCAGAAGUGUGUCAUCAAGAAACUCGUCAAGGCAGUCGAUGAUGUUAAGAGAUCUAACCUCUCAGCAAACCGUGACCCCUGUUACAGGUGGUUCUAGAAAUAUGACCCCAGGAAGUUCAGCAAGACAGUCCAGACACAAGGAUUCGACCCCAUUGCAAACUGUGACCCCUUCUCCUGUGUUGUCUUCUGGAGCAAGCAAUAUGAUUGAGUCCCCAAGUAGUCUGGAACUUAAGCCAUCUUCAAGAAAAUCACAAACCCCAGAAAGUCAGAGAAGAGAGAGUCGAAGAUUAAAAAGGUCAAGGUCUUCACAGAAUAGGUCGAUGUCAAUGGUUCAAACCCCAAGUAAAAGUGUACCAGCAUCUCCUGUAGUUGCAGCACGGGCAUUUGCUCCAGACAUGGUACAUACAUUACCAAACAAUACAGUGAAUUUCUCACCACAAAUAGCUUCAACCCAGAACAUGGCAUCAGUAUCUCGUGUAGGACAGGAUAAUUUGGAUGUAAAUUCUAAAACAAAUAAAGAUACUACUGCUGGAGAUGACCAUGUUGUUGAUGAAGAUGGUGAUAGAGAUACUGGUGAUGAUGGGCAGUGGCAAGAUGAGAUGGAUGAAGAUCAUAGAGACGUAAACUCAAUACAAAGUCAGCAGGCUGCUUCAUCCCAGAUUGCAGAAACUGUCCCAAAGCGUAAGAAAGUUGAGAGGAAGCCUAGACAGAAAUCGAACUACUCAUUGCCUGUGAAUUUAGUGAAGAAACGUUUUACACACUUUGCAGGAAUGCGUGUAUCUAAGGAGGCUGUAGAGGAGGUUAUGAAAGUGUCUGAGAAGUACUGGGAUAUAUUGGCGAGAGAUUUGGAAGCCUAUGCAAAGCAUGCUGGAAGAAAACAGAUAAACAUGUCUGACUUUGUUCUGCUCUUCAAAAGGCAAGGGUAUGUGACGGAGAAACAGAGUUUGAAGUCGUUGAUAGAGAAAUACCUACCCAUGGAAGAGAGGGAAAAACUGAUACCUGUUGCGAGAGCUGGCAACAGAAUUGAACCAAAAUUGUGAUGCAAUGUGACUCUGUAAUACUGCUACAUUAUGACUAUUUCUCAGAAGAUUCAGUGAAAAUUUGUAGUAUCCUCAGAUAUACAAUUUUUUGGACAUAGAAAUGUGUGUGUGACAAUCACAGAGAAUCAUCAGAUGAUAGUGAUUAAACUAGCUACAAGGAUGAGACUGCUAUAUGUGACAUACAGGAUAGGGAAAGGCAAUUUAUCUGUCAUAAUUGACAUGUGAUGUUCAUAUUGGUACAAAUAAAAAAAUAUAUAUAUAUUUAUCCAUAAUCAUCCAGCCCCGUGGACCUAUACAUGUAUGUCACUUCCAAGAAAAUAGUACGAGUUAUUUAACGAACAAAGAACACAAUCAAUAUACAUGUGUAUAUUAUAUACAUCAAUGUAAAGAGCUGUGUUAUGUGUUGAUUUUGGUCAUGAUUCAAGAACAUUACAAUUCAUUUUACUUUGCAGUAAUAAGUUUGCUGCAUAUUCAUUAAUUAAGCCCUGCCCAUGGAAGAGUUACAUUUUGCAAAAGGGACGUUUAUUAAGACCUUCCAGAAGAUUGUUUCCAGUAUAGAGAAUAGAUUCGACUUGAAGUGAAUGAAUUUUAACAAUUAUAUCCUCACCACAGUGAUGGUAUUCGCUUUUGGCCCAAAUUAAUUUAAAAGAUGAGAAUAUAGUAAAAAAAAAAAUGAUAUGGGAAUGUGAGAUGUUUAUUGGGGAAUAGACAUCUUGUUGCAGUCAUUUUGAAGUUGUUUUCCUGAAAGUAAUAUUGACUUAGGAUAAACAGAAACGCAGCUUGGUCAAAGUUUUGAUGCACUUUCUCUUUAUCUGCAUAAGUACUUGCUGGAUUUGUUUCAAACUUAAAAUAGUUAUUCCCCAGUCAUCACCCACAUCAUAUUGCACUACAUAGGGGCAUAACUUCCACACCAAUAUCCCCCUUUUUCCUUAGAUUUCAGGUUAGUUUUGGUGCACUUUUACUCUGUCUCAGUGAAAGGAUAAUAAUGACAAUGACGUCAUCAGUAUAAUGUCUAUUAUAAUUUAUUUAAGGUGUAUAUUGUACAGCGGAACCUCUCUAAUCCGAAUAUGCUCAGACCAGAAAAGAAGUUUGGAUUAGAGAGGUUUUUGGUUUAGAAAGGUUUCUUUUUUGUUCACAAACAUACAUGCAGUUUGUUGUACAUGAUAUGUAUAUUCAUCUCGUGAUGGAUUAAACCUUACCCUGCUAAAUUGUCAACAGAUCUUGUUAAUACUACUUAAUAAAUUUGAUUCAAACUAGAAUAGUUCUUCACCAUCCUUAUAUGACACAAGGUCCAUAACUCUGGCACAAAUGUUUCAUUAAUUAAGUCCCUUAGAAUUUCAGUUUAAUUUUGAUGCCUUUUCACCAUAAUUCUGUUGUUAUUGAAUGGAUUUUAUCAAAACUAAAAUGAUUGUUCCACACCAUCGGCCACUUAAUGACACAAGGUUCAUGUCCUUAUUUACUAGAAAUUCGAUCAGGUCCAAGUUGUUCUAUCUCAGUUAUUACUAAAUACACUGACGAGAUAUGAAAACGCAACAGUCAUAUGCCUGAAUACAUUUUUUACUACAAAAAGCAUCACCUUGAAAUGUUCAACACAUACACAUCUCGAUACUCUAUACCCACUGUGUUCAAAUUUAAUCAUCACAAUCGACAGUAAAAUUAACACAAUGAGUAUAGUGUAUCGAAAUGUGUAUGUGUUGAACAUUUCAAGUGUUGCUUUAUGUAGUAAAAAUAUAUUCAGGCAUAUGUUUGUUGCGUUUUCAUAUCUCGUCAGUGUAGAUUAAAACUUAAGAUAGUUGCUACACAUUAUUAGUCAUAUGAUAUUACACGUAAUGCAUUACUUUUUCAGAAUUUUGUCAUGACUUAAGUCCCUUUACACUUAAUGUUUUGAUACACUUUAUCUCAUUCUGUGUUAUUACUGAAUAGUAAAUACAUUUGACGCGU